UCAUAGUGCCCCUCCACUACUAUUCUUUCCCAAGGUACUCCGUACUUCUAUAACAUCAAGCUGCCGCCCCUUCUUUGUUCUUCUCGAUAUACCAACUGCUCUUCACUUGUUACCAUCGCCAUCUACAACAAAAACACCAACCAUACACACACACACACACUUGAUACCCAUUUCACCAUUCCAACAUGGAGACCAUCAACAACAUCGCAUCGGGAGUCAGCAAGACUAUCUGGGGAGAGGGACAGACCACAGGAACUGAGCCUAUCUCUGGCCAGACCGGCAAGGGAACGGUGGACUCUCCCUAUGACCAGGGAAACUCUGAGACUGCUACCGCUACCGACCCUGACAACAAGCCCAUUGGCGUCUACAACGAGGACAAAACUCCCUCCACAACCAAGACCGACACCACUACUACCGACCCAACUUCCACCUCCGGCACCACCUCUUCCACCAACCCUGCCGACACCACUUCAGGCCUCGGCGGCGCAAGCCAUGCUACCAAUACCACUGGAACUUCCAACCCGCCCAAGCCCCUCGAGGAGACCGACAAGACUGGCGUGACCAGCAAGCUCGGUGACCCCAUCAAGGGUACCGAUGCCACCCCUUCGAAUGCUCAGUCAAACACCGGUGCCCCCACUGGCGGCGAGCUGCACCAGAAACAACAGGGUGCUGACCGCCCACUGGAAGGACUCGACAGCAAGAAGGAAACCAAGGAGGAUGCCGAGAAGACCUUCAAGAAGGACCCCAACGACCAUUCCGGUGAGCCCAUGAAGAUGCACGACGGCUCCGAGAAGAAGACAGAGACGACGACUGAGGGCGACAAGGCCAAGGAAGCCGCCUCCAAGGGAACCGGCGAGGAGUACGUCAAGACGUCCGGCCUGCAGGCCGACGGCGGAGACUUCGACGCCACGAAACCCGGCGCUGGCGCCGAGGCAAACCGUAUGUUGCGCAAGACCGAGCAAAUCCUAACCUAGGCUGACAUGAUUGCAGGUCUUUUGGAAGAGAAGGGUAUCCACAAGGAUGACCCCGACCACAAGACUUCUACCCACAACGCUUCCGACCUCAAGAAGUCCAGCCACGGUGACUCAUCAGAGG